AUGGCUUUCACUUGUACAGAUAUUUUCAAAAUCAUUGGUGCUAUCAUCUUGCCACCAUUGGGUGUUUUCAUGGAAAUUGGUCUUGGUAAACAAUUCUGGAUCAAUGUUCUUCUUACAAUUUUGGGUUAUUUCCCAGGUAUAAUCCAUGCAUUAUAUAUUAUUUUCAAACACUAG